AUUUUUCUGAUUAUUAAUGCAAUGUCGGAACCCUUUUCCCUCAUCAAACCAUGAAAUAGUUAGCCCCCUUCAAGCAAACGGAUUUCUCAGCCUCAAACGUCAAACCGUCUUCAGUUUUCUCCUCCGAAAUCGCCGUUGCUCAGGCCGCGUGAAGCCGAUUCUAGUGGCAGUGAUAACUUGGAACAUUGGAACGAUUUCGUCAUCCGGCCGCAAUCGGGCUAACUGUGAUGCUCAGAGCACUACUUUGGAGGUCUGCUGUUGGGCAAUGCACCGCGGGUGCUCCUUUUUCCCAGUUAAUGUUGUGUAGAGGAAUGCACAGUAGGAAUAAGAAGGCGAUGGAGUUCAUAGCCAAAGGGUAUAGUGCUUUGCAGGAAGUUGAUCGAGUUAUUGAUUAUUGUGAACUUAAUGACAAGCGUCUCAUCCCUUUACUUAGGGCAGCAAAAGAACAGUUUGAGUUGGCCCUGGAAGCUGACAACUCGAACACUCAUGCUAGGUAUUGGUUAUCCAAACUGCACCUCAAAUACCAUGUCCCCGGUGCAAACAAAGCAGUAGGGGCUGCUUUGCUAGUGGAAGCUGCUGAGAUGGGUGAUCCAGAUGCACAGUAUGAACUUGGCUGCCGCUUAAGAGUUGAGAAUGAUUAUGUUCAAUCUGAUCAACAAGCAUUUUAUUAUCUGGAGAAGGCAGUGGACCAGUUGCAUCCUGGUGCUCUCUACCUCUUGGGAGCUGUGUAUUUGAGUGGGGAUUGUGUGAAGCAAGACAUUUCGUCUGCAUUAUGGUGUUUCCACAGAGCAUCUGAGAAGGGCCAUGCUGGUGCUGCCAUUGCCUAUGGAUCACUUCUUCUUAGAGGUGUUCAACUUCCUGAAACACUUACCAAGUUCAAUGUAAAGAAAGGAUUCUCAAACAGAAAAUCAAGGAAGGAUGCUGCAAGUCCAGAGUCUAAUCCCGUUGAGUUGGCGAGACAACAAUUUGAAAUUGCUGCCAAUGCAGGAUGUGAUCUUGGCUUGAAAUGGUUACAACGACUGGAGAAGGAAGAGAAAAACCUGCUGAGUUCUUAAUGUAUUAUCAGAACAUUGUGGGCGGAUGCCCUUCAAGUCAUGCAUAAGGUUAGAUUACAAAUCUGCUUCUGACGAUCGUAUAAUCUUGCUAGAUAGCCCAUGAAUCGUGGAAUGAAUUUCUACUAAUUCUUUUUGAAAUAGUUUAACUAAUUUAAAAAAAUUCAUGACGAACAUCAACUUUACAGAGGUAAAGUGCGCAUUCCACGGUUGCCA